AUGUCGUUUACGAUUGAGCAGGUCAAGGCGCUUGUUGCCGAGUACCCGGAUUUCCCAGAGAAGGGCAUUCUGUUCCGGGACAUCUUCCCCAUUUUCCACCAUCCGGCAGCGGUGGAGUGCCUGGUGGAGCACUUUGUGGAGCGGAUCCGGUCGCUGGACAAGCGCGCGGACGUGAUUGUCGGAUUGGAUGCGCGCGGGUUCCUGUUCGGCCCGCUGAUUGCGCUGAAGCUGAAUGUGCCGUUUGUGCCUGUGCGCAAGCAGGGCAAGCUGCCGGGCAACGUGGUCAGCGCGACGUACGUGAAGGAGUACGGGCCGGAUGUGUUCGACAUGCAGGCCGACUCGAUCAAGAAGGGCCAGAACGUGGUUAUUGUCGAUGACCUGCUGGCGACCGGCGGCAGCUGCAAGGGCGCUGAGGACCUGGUUGCGAAGCUGCAGGGCAACGUCAUUCUGAAUGCCUUUGUGAUCAAGCUUGUUGGUCUGGAGGGCGACAAGAAGCUGCGGGCGCCGACCUAUGCUCUUAUCGAGUGCUAG